GUGGUCAGGUGAGGACGGGAGGAGCAGCGCGGAGGACCAAACAGGUACCCACAACACCUCCACCGCCCCCCAAGAACCGAAGAGACACGAUAACAAGCAGUGUGAGUCGAGAGCCUCCCCCCCUGCCCCCUCACAGCAUGGGCGGGGGGCAGUGGGCGGGAGGCAGCGUGGCGGGACUGGUGGAGGCGGUGAGGAAGGGGCGCCCCAGACACGUGCAGCUGCUCCUGGAGGCGGGGGGUGGAUGUGAACGCUCAGGACCACACAGGAACAACACCCCUCGUGGCGGCCGUGGCCAGCUGGCGGGGUGAUGAAGGGGUGCAGGAGAGGGUGAUGAAGCAGCUGCUACGGGCGGGGGCGGACCCUAACCUGGGGGACGCCCGAGGAACCACGCCCCUCAUGCACGCUGCCACCUACAACCUGACGCGGGCCGCCCUCACCCUCCUCCAGCACGAGGACGUGGACCCCAGCGUGCAGGAUGGUGACGGGAACUCCGCUCUCAUGUUUGCCGCGGCGCACGGCCACCGGGAAGCUCUCCUGCUGGUGUUAGCCGCCUUCAGGAGUGUCCCACCGCGUGACCUUCCACGGUCUUCCCACAGACGCGCACGAGCCUCUGCCAACCCCCUGAGCCGCGGUGGGCCCACCGACCCACUGCCUCCCCCGGCCUUCCUCGCCUUCGGCCAGACAGCGAGCAGCGCAGCGCCUUACACCAGCGACACCGACGAGGAGGAGGCGCCGCCCGCCAGAUCACUCAGGCUGCUGACGGCCACGCCGACGGAGGAUUUCCUGCCAAACAGUCGCCAGGCGAGCGUGUGGGGGCCAGGAGGCGGGGGCGCGCAGCUGAACAGCAGCGACAGCGACGAGAGUCGAGACAGCGGCAGCAGUUACAGAAGUGUGGGGGGCGCACGGCCCCCAUCGCCAGUGCACGUCCCGUCCCCCGACGAGGAGGAGCGCCGUAUGCUGGACCGACUCAUGACAGGAAGCCCAGGAUCAGGUAAUGAGGGCGACACCGAGUCUCUGAUGGAGGUGGACCGAGCAAUGGCAGCAACCAUGGCGAUGACAGCGGGAGAGGAGGGCGGCCAGCGCGGGGCCACCGCUGCCAGAAAGCUGGGCGUGACGAGUCCCGCUGCCGCCAUGCCGCGCCUGGCGGGCAGCCGUUCCCUCAACCGCAGCAUCGCGCAGCUGGCACACGAGGAUUCCCAGCAGCGGCCCGACCAGCGGCCGCCCACGCCCGCCCGCCCCUCGCUGCCCACACUGCUUCCCGCCCGCCUGCUGGACGCGCCCCUCGCAGCCUCGCUGGGGUCCUCCCGGGGCGAGGCGCGGCCAGCACAGAGACGCAUCACGCUGGCCAGUUUCCCACGCUCCUCCUCGGAGCCACGCUCGCUGGUGGGCUCCGCGGGGCCCGCCACUCCCUCAGGCCCCGAAGAGAUCUUCGAUGGCCUGCCCCUGGACGCCUCCACGCGCUCUGAGGGCUGGGAGGCGCUCAAGGGACCGCGAGGACGCCCCUCGCCCUUGGCACAAGCCACGGACGGCCACGUGGUGCCGCUGCCGCCCAUCAACCGACCCCGCUACAUGGAGGCCUGUGGGCGCGGGCGUACGAGCGGACGUGGGAGGAGCCUGGGGGGGGAUGACGGGGGCGACACAGUGCUAAGCGUAGCCAAGAAGACCCUGGAGCAAUUGGAGACAGUUCUGGCCCCCCACGAGGGGCCCGCUGCCCCCCGCCCCCCGCACCGCACCCGUCCCUCACACCAAAUACACCUGGAGACCUAGCACCUCCGGGACGCCCCAGGGAGCACCCAGGGGAAGGGAGCAUGGUGGCGGGGCCUGUCGCGCGGCGCCCCGCCGAGGCCAGGACGUGCCCUCCGCACGGCGCCGCGCCAACCCAUUGAUACGAGGCGCGGCAACGGCGGCAUGUAAGCGGAUGUGCGGUGGGAGGCGCCUGCCCCGGGCCAGGCUGCCCACGCCAGGCUGCCGUGACGCCCAGGCACCGCUACGUGCUGCCCGCCGCCAACUGUGACCGGUGACACGCGACUGUGACCAUGAACCAGUAGUCGCCUGGGGCGUGGCGCGGCAGACAUGCCCGAACACUGGUAACACUGCUGGGCGUGUUGGUCCGCGCCGCCAGCCGCCCACCGCCGCCUGAUGUGCCUCGAGCCAAUUGAACCACGACAAUCAUUAUCUCUCUCUCUCUCUCUCUCUCUCUCUCUCUCUCUCUCUCUCUCUCUCUCUGCGGUAACUCCCACUUCACUUCCGCAGUCUUAUCACCACUGUCAACACUCCCCUCUGACGGCUGUUCAGUGCGCCAGACAGCCUCGUGCCGCCCCACGCUCCCCGAUGCCACGCCAAUCCCACUGCUGGUCUGAGUGUCAAGCAGCGGCCUCCCCACGUGUGUCCCAGUGUUCGGUCCACGGCGGUGACCUUGUUGCUGCGGCGCCAUAACUCACUCAAUUUACAGCCCCUCGGAGCAGGACAGCACGAUAGACGGGACCACGCCUCCUCCCUCCACUCCUCCUCCCCUGACGCGCCGUGUUCAGACGUCAGCCAAUAUCGAGCGCCACUUUCUCCGUCCUCAGUCGCUGGCAACCAUACUUCAUGUAAAUCUCUCUCUCUCUCUCUCUCUCUCUCUCUCUCUCUCUCUCUCUCUCUCUCUCUCUCUCUCUCUCUCUCUCUCUCUCUCUCUCUCUCUCUCUCUGUGCCUACCUGACUGACAAAAUUACCCAACAUAAACAGCUCUCCUCCUCCUCCACCUCCUCCUCCUCCUCCUCCUCCUCCUCCUCCUCCUCCUCCUCCUCCUCCUCCUCCUCCUCCUCUUCUUCCUCCUCCUCUGGAUAAGGGGGUGGUGAGGAGCCUUCUUCUGUGCUAUCAUGUCCCUCCCACUAUCAGUUACCCAAACAGCCUAGUAAGGACCUCAGGGUCUGUUGUUGUUUGGACUUCCUUUGUAUUCUUCCUCUUCUUCCUGCUCCUUCCUUCGUCGAUGUUUUAUGUUUCACUGCAUUGUAAAGUCUUCGCAAACAGCCCCAUAAGGACCAACAAAUUUGCUGCUCUCUCUCUCUCUCUCUCUCUCUCUCUCUCUCUCUCUCUCUCUCUCUCUCUCUCUCUCUCUCUCUCUCUCUCUCU